AUGACAAUAUAUUUUAGCACAAUAACAUGGAACCUUAUUACUAGUUAUUAUGACUAUUUACCAUUUUAUGGCGCUGGACUGAUGACAGCCAGUGAACCUUGGUCAGGGUACUAUGUUGUAGAAUCACCGAUAUGGGCAACAGCUCAUACUACACAGUUUACGUCUGUUGGGUGGAAAUAUUUACGGCAUGGAGCAGGCAUAGGAAAACUUAAUGGAGGUGGAAGCCAUGUAGCUCUGAUUAGUCCAGACAGAAAAAAUAUUACAAUUAUUAUUGAAACAAUGAGUUGUAGUGGUUCAUUAUAUGCGAAUAGAUUCUCACCAAAUUAUACAGUAAUACCACAGCAAUUACUCAUAGAUUUAAAAGGUAGUUUUGCAGGAAUAACACAAUUAAAUACAUGGUAUAGCCGACCAGGUCAUUCAGACGAUAACUUAUUUAUUAAAAAAUCGCCUAUAAUUUUAACUAAUGGUCAGGGUCAGUUAGAUAUUGGUGUAGAUGAAGUAUGGACAUUAACUACUAUUAAUACUGGAGUCAAGGGAAGUUUCCCAUCACCACCAGCUUCAGCUGAAUUUCCACUACCUUAUUCUGAUAACUUUGAAUCUUAUAAACCUGGUGUUGAGCCCUACAACCUGGUACCACAAGCUGGUUCAUUUGAAACCUUUAAAUCAACUGAUGCCAACCAUUCCAUUGUUAUACGACAAACUGUACUGGAGGACCCUUUACACUGGUGCCCAUUUACUAUAGAUUUUCCUGUGGCUGUUAUAGGAAACCAUAGUUGGGCUGAUAUAUACAUAGAAUGUGAUGUAAGAAUUGGUAAUGUCAAUAAUACAGAUGGUGCAUUUAUAGCUGCCCGUGUAACUCAAGGUGGAUGUCAGGCAUUUGAAGCUGAAGGAGUUUAUUUCUUUAUAUUCCCUUCUACAAAUACAAUUAAACUCUCCAAUGAUUUAGCACAAACUCAGGUAGUUUUCAAAGGAAGUUUUACUGGGUUUAAAGAAUGGAAUAAACUUUCUUUAGCUGUACAUGGCCAGGUGGCAACAACAAUGAUUAAUGGACAGACUGUUAUUACACAAAAUAUAACUGGCACAGCGAAGGAUGGAUUUGCUGGACUUGGAACAUCAUCAUUUGGACUGGCAGAUUUUGAUAACCUAAAAAUAAUGAAUGUAGACAGUGGCAUAAAGAGAAUGAAACAAGUAAAAAUAUUAAAAGAUACAAAAUUAUUUUUUAUAGCUGACAAUUUAUAGAAAUAAAUUUAGUAAAUAUAA